AUGAAUUCAAAUACACAUGAAGAGACUGAUACUCAUGUCGUUCAGCCAAGAGCGAAGAGUAGAUUUACGUUCUAUCAUCUGAGUACAUUUCUCUUGACAUUCAUUAGUUACGCAAUGCUACAUGCAGCUCGAAAAGUCUUUUCCAAUGUGAAAUCAACUAUGGCAGAAGAAUGGAGUGCACUUCCAAAUCAGACAUUGAAUCCAAUAAAACCUGAUGAUAUCUGGAAUCAACAUCGUCUUUAUGAUUCACCGGAAGAUGCAACGAUUUUCUUAGGUGUUCUCGAUGCCGUGUUCAUGUUUUCCUAUUCGACAGGUUUGUUCAUUAGCGGUAUUCUUGGUGAUCGAUUUGAUCUCCGAAUUGUUCUUUGUGUUGGAAUGAUUGUCACUUCUCUUGUGAAUUUCCUAUUCGGUGUGCUCAGUGAAUGGUUACACAUAUAUUCCGUGGCUUGGUAUGUGUCAUUCUGGGCUCUCAAUGGCUUAGCUCAAUCAACCGGUUGGCCAUGUGUAGUUGCCAUCAUGGGCAAUUGGUUUGGGAAAGAGGGUCGAGGUCUUAUAUUUGGUAUUUGGAGUGCAUGUGCUUCAGUUGGAAAUAUAUUUGGCGCAGCAUUGGCUGCAACAUUUCUCACAUAUGGUUAUGAAUAUGCAUUCCUCGUUUGCUGCGUCUUGUUAGUUUGUUGUGCGGUUAUCUGUUUCUUCGCUAUCGUUCCUGCACCCGAGGAUGUUGGUCUGGGAACGAAGGAAACUCAUGUUACAGUUCAAGAAGCAACAGCCACUACUGUUAACAAUGGCGGUGCUAGUGGCGAUAAUGCAAGUGAAGAAACAGAAUUGAUUGCGAGAACAACACAAUCAGCGAAUAAACCAAUCACUUUCUGGCGAGCAUGGCUUUUACCUGGUGUCUUUAUGUAUUCAAUCUGUUAUGCUUGUUUGAAAUUAGUUAACUAUUCGUUCUUCUUUUGGCUUCCAUUCUAUCUACAUUCCAAGUUUAACUGGCAAGAAUCUGAUGCUGAUCUUCUCUCGACAUUAUACGAUGUCGGUGGCAUUAUCGGAGGUAUUGUUGGCGGUCUGAUUUCUGAUUUGAUUGGUUUUCGAUCUAUUGUUGUGAUUCCAACAUUGCUAAUCGCUAUCCCAAGUCUAUUCAUCUUUAGUGGUUUACCAAAUGACAAAGCUUUAAAUGGUUUUAUCAUGACAAUGACUGGUGUGUUUAUUGGCGGUCCAGCUAAUAUGAUUAGUGCUGCAAUUACUGCUGAUCUGGGACGCCAAGAAGUUCUAGCUGCAAGUGAUCAAGCUUUAUCAACAGUAACUGGUAUUGUUGAUGGUACUGGAAGUUUUGGAGCAGCUAUUGGUCAGGUAUUGAUCCCGGUAAUUCAAAAGCACUGGAAUGAUUGGCGAUUCGUCUUCUAUUUCUUUGUUCUUAUGACAUUCGUAACAUGUUGCUGUAUUCUACCUUUAUUUGUUCGUGAAUGUAAAUUAGCUAUUAACAAAAUUAAAACUCGUUUUGCAUCUCGUCGACAACAAGGUUAUGACACUAUUUAA